GUUUCAAACGUACAGUUCGACGGGCGCGCGCGAAUACAUAAGCUUUGCAUUAAAUAAUAAUAAUAAAUAAAUAAAUUCUUUAUAUUUUUCAAAACGAAGUUAUUUAGUUAUCUACAAAAUACUUGAUAGUGGUCUCAUAAAGAAUUUACCUACACGUUUUCAACGAGUGAUAUGAUAAUUAAAAAAGAAAUCCAGGUGUUUCAAAUCUAAUCUCUUCCUAAUUCUAAAUUACUUAUUUGUUGAUAGUGAAAAGAUUUAAAUUACAAGAAGAUAUUUGCUGAUGCAAAACGUGGUGUGUUUUCGAUGAAAUGUCAUUGAUUUGAAUCUUUAUCGAAGUGUGAAAGAAUAAACAGUCAAAAUGACAGAAAACGGUGUUGCACGGAAUCGUUUAAAGAAUGGGAAGAAGAGUGAGAUACCGACUGUGACUAACGGAGAUGUGCUUAAAGAAAAUGAGUUCAAGGUUCGAGAGUCUCCCCUGACGGAGCUGAUACAGUCCUCCUUGCACAUCAGGGCUAUAUACAACAUCUUCGUGGUGAUACUCCUUGUGCUGUUCUGCGACACCGUCAUCUACGACCUCGUCGAGAGAGGAAAGAUAAAUAUUGGACUCGGGGUUAUUGCAGCGGGAUUCGGUGACAUCAGGAGAGGAAUGAAAUUGUUGCUGUACGACUUUUGUGUUGCUAUGGCUUUUUAUCCGCUGCUCGUAGCAUAUUCUUGGGUCGGAAAAGUUACCAAGAAAUAUCCAGUAUUACGACCAACAGUGGUGAUGCUGGGUAUACUCGGUGUGAUUGCCGUGGUGAUGGCCGUCGCCGUAGUACCCAUCGUUGAGCUGGGUAGGAAACAUCUGGAGCUCGGCUCUUCCAUCGCUGUCACCUGCGAAAUGUUCCGCUACAUGAUGAAGCUAGUGUCAGUAUCUGUGGCUUGCGGGCCGCGGUGUCUGAGCGGGGGCCUGCCGCUGCCGACCUUCAAACACUACGUAUACUUCAUGUUCGCGCCAACUCUCCUCUACAGAGAUCAAUAUCCCAGAACAAAGAAGAUAAGAUGGGGUCUGGUGGUGUUCCAUUUCCUGGAAGUAGCCGCGAUUAUAUUCUACAAUUGUUUUCUCUGGGAGAGAUUCAUCAUGCCCUACUGGUCUGACUACGGGAAGGAGAAAACGGUGGAAGCAGGCACGGUAGUCCGAGGUAUGUUUGCGUGUGUGCUGCCGGGCGUCAUAUCCUUCUUAUGUGGGUUCUACUGUAUACUGCAUGCCUGGCUCAACGCCUGGUCCGAGAUGCUCAAGUUUGGAGACCGGCUGUUCUAUGAGGACUGGUGGACAACUUCCCAGUUCGCCCUGUACUAUCGUCGUUGGAACCGAGUCGUGCACUCCUGGCUCCGAGACCACAUCUACAUUCCUCUGGCCCCACGAGCUGGACGUCCUCUAGCCACAUACAUCGUAUUCUUGGUUUCAGCCAUAGCCCACGAGGUGAUCCUAGCGUUGUCUUUCGGCUUCUUCUACCCAGUGCUGCUGGUGGAAUUUGGUUUAAUCGGCGUCGUGAUGGUGCCGCUCACAGCAAAGAGUGGCCAGCUCUUCCCUAACGCAUUCAAUUUGAUCAUGUGGCUCGCAUUCUUCAUAGGAAACGGAAUCCUGUGGAGUUUGUAUCCGAUGGAAUACUUCGCCCGGCGGAAUUGUCCGGUGCUGGAGACGGACAGCUACUUCAUUCCAAAGUCGUGGUCCUGCCCAGAAGUCAUCCUGAAACCUAACUGGACAUUCCAGAACCCGUUACGGAUAUUUACAACAUAAGACUAGAAUUUACAAGGAACUAAUAGUGAAUUUAUUGUUAUACUUAUACAUACAUACUUAACUUUUACUUUUAUAAAAAAAAAAUAUUAAUUUUA